AUGGCGAGAAACGUCGAGAGGGAGAGUACUGAAGGAUCGGAUAAAGGGCCUUUGUUGAAAGCAAACAUGAGUAGCUUUAAGUUGGCUAGCAUCGCGAUAGAGAAGGAGGUGAAGCCCACGAAGUGCAUGGAGUGGAGCUUGAGAGGGAGGAGGAGGAAGAGCAAGAUGACCGGGAGAAAGGUGACGAGUCUUGUGAAUAAAUUCAAUAAAAAGAAUACAAAAACAAGUUGUGCUUGUCAGAGGACAUUGUGUUCGACUGUUGCCGAGUAUUUGUACUUGGCCAUAGUGGGAAAUGGCAAAAAUGUUGUGUCAAUACAAAUCACUUCCCAUAGUAGCGACGAGCGAAAUGGGAGUAGUCUAAACCAUGAAAACGAUGUUAUGGGAGAGCAAUACAAGCGUGGUGCUGCUUGA